CUCCAGUUCUCCACACAACACACACAAAGCACACACACACAAAGCACAGCAGGUGCAACACUAGCUGCAAGCACAAGAAGUAGGCAGCAAUGGCAAGGCAUCGCCUCCUCGCCGUGCUCCUCAUCGGAAUAGUUGCAGCCUCCGCCUUCAACCAAGCAGCUGCGGCUGGCCGAGGCCUUGCUGCCGUCGAGAAGUUUGCAGAGCUAGAGCCAAAGCCAGAACCCAAACCAGAGCCAAUGGCCAAACCUAUGCCGCCGCACCCAGAGCCAGAGCCUUGCAAACCUGAACCGAUGCCCAAACCCAAACCAAAGCCCGAACCAAAACCCGGACAGAAGCCCGAUCCAGAACCCAAGCCCAAGCCUAUGCCAAAACCAAAGCACAAGCAUUGCUCCAAACCAAAGCCAGGUCCUAAGCCCGAGCCAAUGCCGAAACCCGAACCAAAGCCGGAACCCGAGCCUAAACCUGAAUCAAAACCGAAGCCUCCUCCUAAGUGCAAGCCACCGACAGCUCACAAUUGAUGGGAUACUUAUAUAUGACAGUUGAUGGAGGAGACCCCAUACGGAGCCACACUGUGCUAUUUCUAGAAUAAGUGGUGUAGUAUUUCUUGUAUUCCAUUUAUUUCUAUUGUUCCAUGCAUGUGUGAUGAGUAUUAGUACUCUGUAAUUUCUUUUUUGCUUGUUGGUAUAUGUUCAUCUACUUUGUAUGUGACUCGACUCGUUGUUCUUUUGAGUAUCUACGCAUGAUUGUAUUCAUUCACAUGAAUGAACUAUUUUGUCAGUGAACUGCAGUCUAUGUUGUCUUC